AUGACUCGGACAGUCACCUCGCCCAUGCGAUCCAUCGUCGCGCUGGCGAUGCUGGUGACGGCACUUUGGUCAAUGGUACCAGGAAUGUCUUACACAGCGCCAGCAAGGGGCGGCCUGAGCAGGAAACAGAUGCACGGCAGCAUCCACAACAAGGACAAGUUGCCAGGUGUCAUCGAGAUUCCCUUGGAUGAGGAGGAGCCGGAGCUCGAUGCAAAGCCUGAGAUGCCCGAGAAGCGCGUGCCCUACUCCAUGCACAUUGUCACCCAGCUCCCGCAGCACAAGCACCUUCAUGAGGAGAGCAAUGCGCGGAAGUUCAUCGAGGACAAGGUGGUGGGUGCCUUCGAGAACUUUGAGGGCUUCAUCCGACAUGUGGAGGUCCACCUGCAGGUGUCUCCUCAUUUCCACCGUGAGAAGCGCCCGGACAAGGUCCCGAAGACCACCAUGACCUUAGCUUUUGAUGAGGAGGGUGAGGAGAUGCAAGUGGAUGCUGAGCCGGAGCCAGGGCACAAGAUGUUGACCCCGUUCAUCAUCAAGGCCACUGUGACUUUGGUCAACCACCACAAAGUGGUGCUGACCAAUCCAGAGAAGCAUGCCCAGUCGAGCUUGUCCGAAGCCGUGGAUCACAUGACGGACGUCCUGCGCCACUCCUUGCGCGAGGAGAAGAACCGUAUGAUCGCCGCCAAGCGGAAGGAGAAGGAGCAGGUCCUCCCCGAGGACAUGGACGGAAUGCUGGACGAUGACUUCAACUUGGCUGUCUCGAAUGCCCUCGCCGAGGCCAGUCCUGAAGAGGAGGCGUUGAUGGAGGCACUCUAUCAGCGCAUCGAGGGUUCCCGACAGGCCUAG